GUCUUUUUGGAUUAUAUUGCUUUGAUGCCUGCAAAUGCCAAAGAAUUGCCAUCUUCCGUGUCAAUCGGAUUUGUUUGUGUCCCUGCUGGUCCCUGGGAACCCAUGUGUGUUCGGCUUCCCCUGGAUCACCCACCAGUUACUACUUACUUUGGCAUUUCCAGGUCUGCGAGUUCUCUUCGCAUCUAAUUUACUACGCUAUAUGUAACAGCUUGAUAUUCUCG